CUAGCUCAGUUUGUUCCUAAUGGCGGCUGUAGUGACUCGGACUUGCGAAAGUCCUAACUGUCAACAACCAGCUAAAUUACAAUGCCCUACAUGUAUUAAGCUUGGAAUUCAAGGCAGCUUCUUCUGCGCUCAGGAUUGUUUCAAGCAGAGCUGGAGUGAACAUAAGAAAGUGCACAAGACAGCUAAAGCUGAAGAUGACAACAAUACAUCAGUGACCUAUAAUCCAUGGCCUGGUUAUAGAUUCACAGGAAAAUUGAAGCCCUGGCCUCAGUCUCCGAGGAGAGAGGUUCCAGAUCACAUCCAGAAACCUGACUAUGCAGAGAAUGGUGUUCCUCUGUCAGAGAUCAAAUCCAAGCAAAGCAUGCAGAUUAGAGUUCUAAAUGAGGAGGAAAUUAAGAAAAUGCAAGUGGCAUGCAGGUUGGCAAGGGAAGUGUUGGAUACUGCAGCAAGGCAUAUUAAAGUUGGUAUCACUACUGAUGAAUUGGACAGAAUAGUACAUGAGGCCUGUCUUAAGAGGAAUUGUUAUCCUUCUCCUCUUAAUUAUCAUGGAUUUCCAAAGUCCUGUUGCACGUCUGUAAAUGAAGUGAUAUGUCAUGGUAUACCUGACACACGCCCCCUGGAGGAUGGGGAUCUAUUAAACAUUGACAUCACCAUUUAUUUUGAUGGCUUCCAUGGAGAUCUUAAUGAGACAUUCUUUGUUGGUGAAGUGUCUGAGGACAGCAAACAGUUAGUGAAGGUUACACAUGAGUGUUUAAGUCAGGCUAUAGCAUCAGUGAAGCCUGGUGUGAAAUACAGAGAGAUUGGUAACAUCAUACAGAAGCAUGCUCAAGCUCAUGGCUACGCUGUUGUGAAGAGUUUCUGUGGGCAUGGAAUUCAUGAGUUGUUUCAUACUGCACCAAAUGUCCCUCAUUAUGCAAAAAACAAAGCUGUUGGCGUAAUGAAGCCUGGACACACAUUUACCAUAGAACCAAUGAUCUCACAAGGAACUUGGCGAGAUGAGAUCUGGCCUGACAACUGGACUGCUGUUACACAGGAUGGCAAGAGGUCAGCUCAGUUUGAACAGACCCUACUAGUGACUGAAACUGGAUGUGACAUUCUGACAAUCAGACCUGAUGACAAUGGAAGACCGCAUUUCCUGUCUCAGAUGUAA